AAAUACCUCAUACCGUGUGGGGGCGCCCGUCGCUACACUACGCGACAUCUACAUACAAUACCGUAUUCAUAAAUGGCUAAAAGACCAAUAUGACGUCGCUCCAACUAUUAAUAUUACUUUUUUUGUAUCAAGCGUCUCAAACAAAUGCAGCUCGAACCAUCAGUUUGCCUGUUGGCGGUCUCUUUAAUAGAUAUACUCAACAGAGCUCAAGAGAGGCCUUCGAGAACAUAGUCAAAAUGGGUGAUUCAAAUGUGUACUACGGCAGAACGAUGUAUUCUAACGCUGAAGACAGCUACUCCACAGCAUUGGAUUUAUGUGAGAUCACUUCAGAUAAUAAGGGAGUAGUAGCUUUGAUUGACGCCCGACCCACGUAUGGUCUUUGUGACACUGUAUGUCUAUUAUGCAAUAGAUAUAAUAUACCACAUCUCUCUUUGGGUUGGGAACCUCCAGACACUUUGGCGGAAGAAUUAUUUACAUUCUCCUAUUACCCACCACCCGAUUUAAUUUCUAAGGCAUACGCGAGACUUAUUAAGGACCUAGAAUGGGAUAAGUUUUCAAUUUUAUAUGAAGACGAGACUAGUUUUAUUCGUCUUCACGAGAUAAUAAAUACAUGGCCUCAGGACAGGAAACCAAUUGUAUUCAGGAAAUUAGAUCCCAAUGGGGAUAAUAAAGAAACAUUUAAAUAUAUUCUAAAGGCUGUUCAUAUAAGUUAUCACGUAUUAGAUUGUGAUAUUAAUAAUGUGUACAAAUAUAUGCGUGAAAUAAUGCAAGUAGAAAAUUCGACGGAAUAUUUGAGUUUUGUGUUGACGGAUCUUAAUUCAUUUACAAUUAAUUUCAAAGAUAUUCCCAAUUUAUUGGCAAAUAUUUCUACAAUGCAUUUGACUACGAGCGGGGAUGAUAAAUGGACAGAUAUUGGGAUAAAUAAAGAUAAGGAACCAAUACGGCUAGAAACCGCUUUAGUUGUUGAUGCUUUGAAUCAUGUGGAAAAAGCAAUUAGAGCUAUGCAACAGGAAGGCGAUGAAGAGGGACAAAGUAUUUCAAUAGGACCACAUCUUCCACCUGAACCACCAUCUAUGUGUUACAAGGAUUCUAAAGCAGAUUAUGAAAAUUUAGCUUGGACUUCUGGCAACAUUUUGAGAGAAGCACUGUUAAACACAACAGCGAUUGGUUUGACUGGAAAUCUUCAGUUUGAUGAGGAAGGGAGAAGAAUGAACUUUACGUUGCAUUAUUCAAAAUUGAGUAAUGAUGGAGAGUUUGUAAAUAUCGGGCAUUGGGAUUCUACAACAGAUUUAAUUAAAAAAGAGAACUAUGUUGAAGACCGUCCAAAGUCUAUGGUGUACAAUACUAAAAUAAGGGUAGCAACUAGAGACGAGAAACCUUAUUAUGGUCUCUAUGAGUAUCCAAAUAAGACGAGCGAGUAUCGUGGUUACGCUGUUGAUCUAAUCGAUGAAAUAUUUACAGAAAUAAAGAAAAAGGAAAAUGUUGAAUUGGAAUAUGAAUUUUAUAUAGUAGAUGGUAAUAAGCAUGGCAAUCUUAUAGCUGGAACAAAUAAAUGGGAUGGACUUAUCGGUGACUUAAUAGAGCAUAAAGCCGAGUUGGCAAUAUGUGAUUUAACUAUUACUUCGGAGAGGAACGCUGUUGUUGAUUUCUCGAUACCCUUUAUGUCACUGGGCAUCAGCAUGCUAUUCAAGGAAGCGGAUCCGGUAGAUCCAGAUAUGUUUUCGUUUAUUAAACCCUUAUCACUCGAUGUUUGGUUGUAUUUGGCAACAACUUACAUCAUAGUCUCAUUUGUGCUGCUUAUUUGUGCAAGAAUGAGUCAGGACGACUGGGUAAAUCCACAUCCGUGCAACCAAAAUCCGGAAAAUUUGCAGAAUAUCUGGAGUUUAUACAAUUGCAUGUGGCUUACAAUGGGUGCUAUUAUGACUCAGGGUUGUGAUAUAUUGCCAAGAGGGAAAGGAUCUCGUUGGACUGCCGGUGUAUGGUGGUUCUUCGCGCUAAUCAUCACUGCCUCUUACACAGCUAACAUGUCUACCUUCAUCAGUAAUGAACGGCGAAGUAACGAGAUCACCAAUGUCAAGCAACUUUCUGAACAAACUAAAGUCUCUUACGGCGCGGUGUAUAAUGCUUCUACUUAUAACUUUUUUAAAAAUUCAAAUGACUCUGUUUAUCAGAAAAUUUGGACUGUAAUGAAAUCAGCAAAACCUAAAGUAUUUACUAAUAAUAACGAGGAAGGCAAGGAGAGAGUUUUAAGAAGCAAAAAUGGAAACUUUGCGUUUUUCAUGGAAUCAUCGGCCAUUGAAUAUUUUAGACAAAGAGACUGUCGUUUAAAAAUGGUUGGAAAUAAACUAGAUUCCAAAGAAUAUGGCAUAGCUAUGCCAAAAAAUUACCCACGUAAAGCAUGGAUAGAUAAUGCUAUUUUGUCUUUACAAGAGAUGGGAAAGCUUACAGCAUUGCAAAAAAAGUGGUGGGAAGAAGAAGGUGAUAGUAAACAUUGUGACAAAAACGCUAAGAAUGAGGAUGACGGUGGAUCACUUCAAAUGAAAAAUACUAGUGGUAUAUUUUUAGUACUUGGCGUAGGAGGUAUAUUAGGGCUGAUAGUUGCUGUCAUCGAAUUUUUAUUCCAUGCACGCCAGAUUUCUGUUAAAGAAAAGGUAACGUUCCACGAAGCGGUUGCAAGUGAGUGGCGGGCGUCGUUGAAUCCUCGGCAGCUACAUAAGCCGGCGGCGCCACCUCGGUCCGCGCCACCGUCCACCGGCUCCCCGUCACCAAGACGCGAACGGUCGCAGUCCAGGGCGGUGUCUGUUCUACGAGCAGCUUCCUCAUUUAUCAACUUUGAUGAAAUAUACUGAUCUAUAUUUACAUAACAGUGUCAAAUUAUCAUUGCAAGUAGUAAUAGAUACCUACUUACUUAAUAAGUUUGUUAAAAUAUUUAAAAUAGAAGUGACUUUUAGAUGGUAUUCUGUCAUCUUGUGGUUGCGCCCAUUUUAAAAUUAUAUCAUUUAUUUUAUUGUUAUAUACUCUUCAAACACUUUUAUUUGAUUCACAUGGUUGACAAAAUAUAUUUCAUCCUCGACAUAGUCGUGUCUGUUCUUCCUCCUUCAUUAAUUUUGAAUAAAUAUAUUGAACUAGCUUUUACUCGCGAAUGU